CGAGGAGUACAGCUAGCUGUGCAGCAUUAACCUGAAUGGAGGAUGACCCAAGCUUUGCAUCUACCAAUGCCAGUGCUGAAUGCACAGUUGCUGAUGGGACAGAUGCCUUUAACCCUGCACACAAGAAAGAGGUUCAAAGUCGUGGCUUGCCUCGCCUCCAGAAACUCAGGAGACAUCAUAGUGUAUGUGAGCAACGCUACGAGAGGGCACAUAGUAAAAGGUUAAACGACCAGAGGGAGAGGACCUUGUUUCUACACCGUAGCCUCAAUACAAAGAUGGAACAGCAGUUGUCCAGUGACAGCGACAGUACCAUUAUCAUUAAACCCACUUCAGCUGAUUCUGACAUGAAUACAAGUGUACCUGAGCUCAGAAGGACAGACAGUGUUAUUCUUACCAGACAAAUGCUUGGAUGCCCGUCUAUAUCAAGUUCUGACAUCAGUGAGGAAGAAUAUGCUCCUCAAACUGCUGAAGAAAGUGACAGUUCUGCAGAAAGUAUCAUACGACACAAAAGUAAGAAGAAAAAAGCACGGAAAACUACUUCAGGUAACUCUCAGGAAGAUGUCCGACAACUGAAGAGAAGGUGUACCGUAACUAAAUGCAAUUCCUCAAAUUCAAAUGCUAAAGAAUCCUCUUCACUUGAUGCAGAAGACACAAACACAUCUGCUUCAUUUGAUGACACCAGAGAGUCCACUUCAGCUGAUUGUUCUGAUGUGACGGUUAUGACACUAAGGAAGAAGAAACAUGGUGGCAGAUUAUACAACAAAAAGUUCUACUGUAAGUUUUGCUGUAAACCUUUCAGCAAGAUGGCACGCCAUUUGCAAUCAAAACACAAAGAUAAACCAGAAGUGGCAAAAGCAAUGGCUUUCCCAGUAGGGUCUAAAGAGCGGAAAAUACAGUUGAGUUUAUUAAGAAAUCAAGGGAACCGUGCCCACAAUAAUGAGGUGAUUAAAAAAGGACAAGGAAUGUUGAUACCUCGUCAACAAUCCAGUGUACCUGUGAAAGCCAGUGAUUACUUGCACUGUAUUAAUUGUCAGGGUUACUUCAAGAGAAGGUCACUAUGGAGGCACAUGCAGAGAUGUCAUCUCAGCAGGAAGGUCAAAGGUUUAAGGCCAGGAACAUCUAGAGUCCAGGCUCCGUGUAAAUAUGCAGAGCCAGUCCCAGACAGUGUCAAUGCACAAUUUUGGAAAUUGGUACAAGUCAUGCAUGAUGAUGAGAUAACAAAUGUUGUCCGCAAAGAGAGUUGCAUACUGAAAUUUGGGGAGCAUCUUUUCAAUAAGCAUGGACAUGAUGCCACUAAACAUGACUAUAUCAGACAGAAGAUGCGUGAGACAGGGCGACUGGUGCUCCAAGGACAGAAAAAUGGCAAGUUGAAAAUGGUGUCUGAUUUCUUUGUACCAGGUAAUUUCCCUCAUGUUAUUGCAGCAGUGAAAAAUGUUGCUGGCUGGAAUGAGGAAACAAACACAUACAAAACACCAUCUUUGGCACUGAAGUUAGGCCACAAUCUCAAGAAAAUAGCAGAUGUUCUUGAAUGUGAAGCAAUGAUCGCUGGUGAUGAGAAUACUAUUCGCAAUGUAAAGGUGUUCAAGCAAAUAUGUGACACUAAAUGGAGUGAGUGCAUAUCUUCAAAGGCUCUCAGAAAUCUGAGUGAGGCAAAAUGGAAUACUCCACAACUUCUUCCCUUUACUGAAGAUGUGAAGAAGAUGCACCAGUAUCUCAACAUACGACGGACGGAGUGUCAUACAAAGCUCAAAGAAGAACCAAAUAAGAAGCACUGGGCAGAACUUGCAAAAAUCACAUUGUGUGAAGUGAUUAUCUUCAACCGUAGAAGAGAAGGAGAGGUUUCCAAAAUGAUUCUUAAUGCGUUCACAUUGAGAGACACUUCAUUGACUCAUCCAGAUGUUGAAUUGGCUUUAACUGACCUGGAAAAGAAGCUUUGUAGGCACUUCCAACGAAUAGAGAUAAAAGGCAAACGUGGAAGAAAAGUCCCCAUACUCCUCACACCUGAUAUGAUGACAUCAAUGGAUUUGCUCGUUAACACUCGCCGAGAUUGUGAAGUAUUAGAUGAAAAUCCUUUCAUGUUUGCGAGACCGAGAGCACUUACUCACAUCAGAGGGUCAGAUGUUGUUCGACAGAUCGCGCAGAGCUGUGGAGCAAAACAACCAGAAGCGUUGUCCUCUACUAAAUUAAGGAAGCACAUGGCCACCAUGUCCAAGAUCCUUAACUUAAAAGACAAUGAAAUGGAUAAUCUGGCAGACUUCCUUGGCCAUGAUAUUCGAGUGCAUCGUGAAUAUUACCGACUGCCUGAAGGGACGUUACAGCUGGCCAAGAUAAGCAAAGUCCUUAUGGCCAUGGAACGAGGACAGCUGUCAGAUUUCAAAGGAAGAAAUCUCGACGAAAUAAUCAUUGAUCCACAAGAGAACGUAGCUGUUGACAGUGAUGCAUCAAACAGUGAAGAUGAGGAUAACACGAGUGUGACAGAUGCUGCGUCAUCUGCUGCGUCAUCUGCUGCGUCAUCUGCUGCGUCAUCUGCUGCGUCAUCUGCUUCACUCUCAUCUGCUUCACUCUCAUCUGCUUCACUCUCAUCUGCUUCACUCUCAUCUGCUUCACUCUUAUCGACAAAGUCUUCAGACAAAUCAAGGAUGAAAAAGAAUUCUACUACUGAAGUUGGACAAAACAAAUAUCCACAGUCAGACAAAGGAAUGUCAGAUGAAGAGAUGCCACCGAACAUUGAGGUCUGUGUUGAGUCGCACAAAAUAACGGGAGCAUCACAAACCACAAGAAGGAAGUGGACUGAAGCAGAAAUAAAGGCUGUGGAGAAGACUCUAAUGGAGUACAUCAGCUCUGGAAAGGUUCCUGGGAAGGCAGAGUGUCUCAAAUGUAUUGAGACUUCACCAUUAGCAUUGAAAGAGAGACGUUGGGAGGGAGUUAAGUUUUAUGUGAAAAACCGAAUUGAUGCUUUAAAGCGAGAGUCUGUGAAAAGAAGGUAAGAAGCUAAUGUCAAACAAAUGGAACAUAAACAGCUUCAGUUACAGCAGUUAAAAUUUUCUCCUGUUUAGAGAAAAAAAAGGAUUGUUCAUUUCAACCAGGCAAUUGUCACGGUGCUGGGUCGGGGACCCAGUGUUCUAUCUUUGUUAUUGCGGGCUCAUGUUUUGGUCCUUUUGCCCCUUGUGUUAUGCUGUGACCCCUCUGUUCUGUGUCCUGUCAUCCCUGCCUGUGGGCUCCCUCUGUUCCAGUUUAGUCAGGUCCCUGUGUUAAGCCCAUGUCUCUAAGUCUGUCUUCGCAUGUGUGUUUUCUGUUUUACUUUGAAGUUCUGUGCCUCAUGUGGAUGUGUCUUGCUUUGCCCUCGUCUUUGUGAUUUGUAUCAGCUGUGUUCCUCGUGUGUUCUGACGCUCCUUGGUAUUCCCCUGUGUAUUUAUGUCGGCGUCUCCCUCAGUUACAUGUCGCAUCGUACCCUCACCCUGCUGUGUUUCCGCCCGUGUAUCCUGCCUGCUAUUUCCUCAGUUUAUAUUCUCAGUUUAAGUUAGUUUGUGUUCAGCAAUAAAGCUGCUUUUUCGGUUCACUUUCGUCUC